UUGAGAUACAAAUAGAUGGAGUUUUCCGCCAUUGGAGCUGUUCCUUUGAGGAAUACUCAGGAGGUGUUGUUGGUUGAACCAGUGACAAUAGAGAGAGAGAUGGCAAGUGGAUACGGCAGCUCUUCCCAGAAAACAGACUACGUCUUCAAGGUGGUGUUGAUCGGCGACUCCGCCGUCGGCAAAUCUCAAAUUCUCUCGCGUUUCUCACGCAAUGAGUUCAGCUUGGAUUCCAAGGCUACUAUCGGCGUCGAGUUCCAAACUCGCACCCUGCUUAUCCACCACAAGUCCGUCAAAGCUCAGAUCUGGGAUACCGCCGGCCAGGAGAGAUACAGAGCUGUCACGAGUGCUUAUUACAGGGGUGCGGUGGGGGCUAUGCUGGUUUACGACAUAACUAAGCGGCAGACCUUCGACCACAUCCCCCGUUGGCUAGAAGAGCUGCGUGCUCAUGCUGACAAAAACAUUGUGAUAAUGCUAAUCGGGAACAAGACUGAUCUUGAAAACCAGAGAGCAGUGCCGACAGAGGAUGCUAAGGAGUUUGCUGAAAAAGAAGGCUUAUUUUUCUUAGAAACCUCGGCGUUGGAAGCAACCAACGUGGAGGAGGCUUUCGUGACAGUGUUGACACAGAUUUUCAACAUUGUUAAAAAGAAGAGUCUCGUUGCGGAUGAAGCGAACAGCAAUCCGGCGUCGUUAGCCAGGAAGAAUAUCCUCAUUCCUGGGCCAGCUCAAGUAAUCCCAGAAAGUAAUAGGAUGUGUUGUAGAUCAUGAUUUCUUUUCUUGAAUUAUUUGUUUUUUUGAGUGAGUCGGAAAUUUUGGCUCUCUGAUUAAUUUAAUUCACUUCUCUCUCAAACAAAA